AUGUUCAACCCUUGUGGUGGUUUGUCCAAGCCGAGCCUGGCUAACAGGAGUAUGAACUUCAAGUGUGGUUGCUGCCAGCAACCUGGGGUUCUACCAUUUAAGCUACCGGCCAUUUGUGGCCCUCAGAGCAAAAACUUAGGAACUUCUAUGCCAGAAAAUAUGAUCUUGAUUGAGUAUCUGUGUUUUAGGACAUUACAUUUUGUUAAAAAUGCAAAAUUUGGCUAUGGUUGGUCCUGGUGCAUAAGUGCAAAGAAAAAGCUCAACACAACUUGCCCUAUCACAUUCAUGUUGUGCGGCUACAAGAUGUUCGCCCUGGGACUUGGCCUUGGCAUUUGCAGUAACUCCUGUAUUAAGGAUGCACAGGCACUCAACACACAAGUGCCAGGGUCUCUGGAUACCAAUAAUGCCAUUGUAAAGAACACAUUCAAUGGGUAUCAUCAACAGUACAUCACAUACAUGCGUGCCCAGAAAAAUGUUAAUAUUGUGUCUGUGCAAGUAAAAGAGCAAGGGAAAAACAUCAGAUAA